AUGGGGUCCAGUUCGGACAGCGACUCGGAAAGCGACUCGUCCGCGUGCCUCGUCUACAAGAAGACCAGGCAGGUGAAAUGGUCCGACGACGAGGCUAGCGACGACGGCGCGCCGGAGCCAAUCGCGCUCCUGGACCGGGAGGAUUCCCCCGCGAUAAUCUCUCCCGGGGGCCGUUCGGCGAAGCGGCGGAGGACGAGCGGUGAAGGGGCGAUUUCAGGGUCGACCGCGGGAGGUGCAUCGGGCGAAAAGAAGGAGAUUGACAUCAACGAGAUUCUCGGGCUUUCCAACCCAGGCGGGGGCGCGUCGGCGGCGUCCCGGCGAGUGAACAGCGAGGCGUCCGAGGCAAUACGACGGAAUCGCGAGCAGAUGGCCGCGAUGCGAAGGGCGGCGACGGAGAAGACGGUGGAUAUUUCUGACGACGAGGAGGAUGCAGGGCCGCCGCCGGUGGACGAUGCCCCCGGGGGAGGGAAUCCAAUAACCCUGAAGUUUAAGCUGAGCAACGGCAGGUCGCACGAGUUUCAAUGCAAGGAUGGGGAGCGGUUCUCGAAGAUCCUCGCGGACUUCUUGGAAUCGGACGCGGGCCGGCCACUCAAGGGAACCGUGCAGGGCCGGAUGGUGUUCGACGGGGACACCAUAGACAUGAAUAAACACACGCCGAAGAUCCUGGAUAUGGAGGACGAGGACAUGGUGGACCUCAACUAG